AUGAGAAGAAUGCCUCUGUUGUUUUGCUUGUUAUUGCUUGCCCUUGAAGUGUCACAUGGGCUGUCAUCGAAAGAGCAAUACCUACAAUUUGUGUCUGUAAAUGGUGUUGACCAUGGUGUUUAUUUCUACGAACAUCCUGGACUCAAAAAUCCCAUCGAAAUAGAUGCAACUAUACGACAGCAAGUUCGCAUUAGGAUAAUUGAGCAUCUGAAUGAGCUCCCAGUGUUAAAAAUACACUGUAUUGUUGCUCCACUUGACCCAGCUCAUGAACUUGUAUCUGCUUAUCUGUGUCGCAGAAAGUCCACGCACGAUUUAGAUGAAUGCAUUGAUCCUAAAAUGCGAAAUGUUGUCUUUGGCCGUGUUGAGUUCAGCGUCAAUGGCAACAGAUCCUCAGGAUACACCUUUUCUUCUAGAUUACCAGUUAGAGAUGAACUGCUCGACGGCUUUUAUUCUUGCAAAUUCCACAACAAGAAUGGAGAGUUAAUUUCAAAUUUCAUUGAAAUACAGGAUGCUUAUUAUUACCAUAAACGUAUGGUACGACGUCCUGUCAAGCAGACCGAAUUUUUACCUCCCCUAUCCAUCAAUGAUCUCCCUCUAAGUUUGGAAUGCGGACAAACUCAAGCGUCUGAAGAUUUACCAGACUGGGCUGAUGCAGCGUUUCCUAGUCCGUUUAUGUGGUCAUUCUGUGAUGUAGAAAGUCCUGAUGGUAUACAAUCUGCUGGCUGCAUGCGUAGAGUUCGACAGACAUCUAUUCAUGUUACAGAAUAUUUUGAAAGUUAUGUUUCUCCAAAUGGCACACUAGUUCUGUACAAACGCACGACGUCAUCUUGGAAAGAUAUGGGCUUAGUCUGUUGGAGCCAUCUGGAUUCUUCAGCCGUGUAUUCAACCUAUUUUGGUGGUUCAUCUGAGCAACCAAGACUGUUGACUUACGAUUCUAGUGUACCAUUUGUCGGUCGUGGUAUAACCGUAUUGUCUCCACUCAAACAAAAAGUUACUGUCCGAAAAGGACCUCGUACUGGUCUCAAGCUGGCAACUAAAUAUCGAUCCAGUCCAGAAGUUACAUCUGUGAAAUGGACUAAGGAUGGCAGACGUAUCCCGUCUGAUUUCCCUGGACACAAUGAUUAUCUGUUGAAAUUUCCUGAUCAUGUUAACCGAAAUCACUCUGGAACUUAUAAUUUACUUGUGGAAAGUGGCAAUGAACAAGUCAAUUUCCAAUUUAUAGUUAGUGUAGUUGGUCCACCUGAAGUAAUACGUGCUCCUCCGCCACUACUUUUAGUCAUGGAAGGACAAAAUGUAACAUUCAGUUGCCAAUUGGAUUCGUUUAAAACAGAGACUUUGGAGAUAAACGGUCUGUCAUACCAACCAAAUCCUGAAAACUUCCGUACUGAGCUAAGAGAUCAGUAUCCCUAUUUGAAAGAUGCUUUAAUCCAGCCAUUACAGAAGAAUGGUCAUAUUCUUACGUAUUCGGCUUAUAAUUUAUUCUUCACACCUGGCAGUAAGAUUGGGCCAACUCAUACUGUCAGCUUGGUUGGGAGAAAUGAGUAUGGUCUUGCUCGUGUGUCUACUGUUGUCAGAGUACUUCCUCGAAUCAACAUCUUAAAGGCUCCGAAGGAUUAUUCCUGUACCACUGACUGCUUAAAUACCGAUUCACAUACAUUCGAUUGUGUUAUUGAUACGGAUCCAUAUCAGUCUACAUACAUUGUGCAAACAUGGGAGUUAAACGGUAUAGCUGUGUCGAAAAUGACAAAAGAUUAUCAGCAAUCAAGAUUUAUUAAAACAGAAGGAACUAAGUUGAUAGUUACACCCGUGGAUGAUCCGUCACUGGCUGCAUUGUUUCGAAAAGUGAAGGUGACUUGCCGCUGGCGUAUAUUUUAUCCAUAUGUAACUUCUCGUAUGGCAGACCAAGAUACCAGACUUUCGGGGCCAAAUAUGAAGGUAUAUGACUCUCAUGACGAUGUAAAGAUCCAUUCACUUAUGACAGCAGCUUUGGACCUUCAAGUGGAUCAUGAUUCCACUCCUGCAUCAGCCAACAUUUCCUGGAUAACUGCUGUAAUUAUUGGCAUCCUUGUUAUAAUCGCUAUUGGAGUUUUGACUGCUUGUCUUGUUAUGCGUUUUCGAGGGGAAACAUAUAUGUUGGAUCGAGAAGAACGCGCUCUUGGAAAUGAUCCAGAAAAAGAAUUACGCGAAAAGGAGGCUUUUCAAACAUAUGAACGAGCUGAAGAACCACCUCUUCGAGGUAGUCGUUGCUCCUUGAAUGAUGAUAGCGCUGAAAUUGGAAGUGAUGCAGACGGCGAAUUAGAUGAUUACAAUCUCGAUCCCGGUAAAUUCAAUGAAGAAGGUUCAUUCAUUGGUGAAUAUGCUACAGAGAAACAUAAAAACACAAUGAAUCGUUUACCUACGCUUGAUCGAAACUAUCAUCCAUCAGUCUAA